AUGAUGGACGAAAGCUCAGCAAGGAGUCCUCGGGGUCGUAAGACAGUGAGCCGAGGUCUUGUUCGCACAGCUCAACAUGCAAAAGCCCAAGGCAACCCUCCUGCGGUAUUCGGUGCGGCCAAUGUGCGAAUCCCUUCGAUGCGCCGUCUCAAUCGGAAUGAAAGGUACGCCAGAAUCAACCUAGAAAGGGAUUCUUCGUAA